UAGCGUCUUGGCAUGUCUGUGAUGUCAUACUGCUAAGCUCAACUGAGGCUGAUGCCGACUCCAACGAAUAACCUCUCGAUGUUUUCAAGGUUUCAGGAACGGUUAAGUGAUUUGAAAGUCGAUGGCUAAUUCUUUUGUGCCGAUAAAAACACGCCCUACGCAAUAGUCACCCACAAGUUCAAUCACCAAGCCGCCACGCUUCCAAGCUAUGCACGGCCGUGACGCAGUCAAUGAGUCCGCGGACCUCUUUCGCCUCUCAUUUUCUUAUGAUGCGGCCAAGAUGUAUCUAAUGAAUGGGAAAUGCUUCUUUCUGUCGUAUAUCGUAUCCUUGGGGACUGUAAGAUCUGACCAGCCCUUGCUCGCCCGUGUGUUUCUGUAUUGCGAAGGUCCAAUUGUCGUUCUGCUGAGCAUGUUUCUUGUACUUCUGAAGACUUAUCUUGUCUUAUAGGACUCAUCUAAGCAUCCUUGGCUGGCAACAGAUCCUUGC